AUGGUGGCGGCGGCGCUGGACGCAAUGGCGGGGACGCGGUGGGGGCGGUGGCUGGGUCUGGUGACGGCGGUGUGGGUGCAGUGCAUCUCCGGCAACAACUACGCCUUCUCCAACUACUCGCACGCGCUCAAGACGCUCAUGGGCCUGACGCAGCUGCAGCUCAACGGCCUCUCCGUCGCCAAGGACGUGGGCAAGGCGUUCGGCCUCCUCGCGGGGCUCGCCUCCGACCGCGUCCCGACCUGGCUCCUCCUCGCCAUCGGCUCCCUCGAGGGCCUCCUCGGCUACGGCGCGCAGUGGAUGGUCGUGUCCAGGACCGUCGCGCCGCUCCCUUACUGGCAGAUGUGCGUCUUCCUCUGCCUCGGCGGGAACAGCACCACGUGGAUGAACACCGCCGUGCUCGUCACCUGCAUCCGCAACUUCCGCCGGAGCAGGGGCCCCGUCUCCGGCCUGCUCAAGGGCUACGUCGGCCUCAGCACCGCCAUCUUCACCGACACCUGCUCCGCGCUCUUCGCCGACGACCCGGCCUCGUUCCUCGUCAUGCUCGCCAUCGUGCCUGCCGCGGUCUGCGCGCUCGCCAUGGUGUUCCUCCGCGAGGGCCCCGCCGGCGGCGCCGCGGCCGCGGCCGCGGACGAUGAGGAUGACGGGCGCUGCUUCGCCGCGAUCAACUCGCUAGCCGUGGCGAUCGCGCUGUACCUCCUCGCCGCGGACCUCACGGGGCUCGGCGGCGGCGGCGGGGUCGUCUCGGCCGUCUUCAUCGCCGUGCUCCUGGUGCUACUCGCGUCCCCCGCCACCGUGCCGGCGCUCCUGGCGUGGAAAUCGUGGGUGAAGACCCGCAAGGCCGCGAACGCCGACCUCGAGGAGGCGGACUCCUUGGCGGCGGCGGCCGUGCCGCUCCUUCUCGCGGCAAAAGCGGCGGGGAGGACUGAGGAGGAGGAGGCGCGGGCCCCCGGCGAGCGGCCGCGGCUCGGGGAGGAGCACACGAUCGCGCAGGCGCUGACGUCGCUGGACUUCUGGCUGAUGUUCGCGUCGUUCCUCAUGGGCGUCGGCACGGGGUUGGCCGUGAUGAACAACCUGGGGCAGAUGGGCGUGGCCAUGGGCUACGUCGACGUCUCCCUCUUCGUCUCCAUGACCAGCAUCUGGGGAUUCUUCGGUCGCAUCGCCUCCGGCACCAUCUCCGAGCACUUCAUCAAGACACGAGCAAUUCCACGCCCGCUGUGGAACGCGGCCUCGCAGGUUCUGAUGGCCGUCGGAUACAUCGUGAUGGCGCUGGCAAUGCCAGGCUCCCUCUUCAUCGGCUCGGUGGUCGUCGGCAUGUGCUACGGCGUGCGGCUGGCGGUCACCGUGCCUACGGCGUCAGAGCUAUUCGGCCUCAAGUACUACGGUCUCAUCUACAACAUCCUCAUCCUCAACCUGCCGCUCGGCUCCUUCCUCUUCUCGGGCCUGCUGGCGGGCCUCCUCUACGACGCGGAAGCCACCGCGGUGCCCGGCGGCGGCAACACCUGCGUCGGCGCACACUGCUACCGCCUCGUCUUCCUGAUCAUGGCGCUCGCCUGCGUCGUCGGGUUCGGCCUCGACGUCCUGCUCUGCGUCCGGACGAAGCGGGUGUACGCCAAGAUCCACGAGAGCAAGCGGUUGAGUAGGUCAGCCGUGGCGCAGAGGGUGGGUUAG